UGAAGAGCGGCCUUUAAUAACGACAGCGGGUGGAGUCUCAGAACGUCUCCAUGCCUUCUGACUGACCUCGGUCUUUUGAAUUAAUAUUUAUGCAAGAACUUGAAUGUAAUGCUAAGACUCUUGCACACGAAGAGGAACCAUCAUUUUGUUUGUUUCCGUCUGGAUAUUUUACGAUAUUCGUGUGUUUCAGGCUACCUCUUCAUGAACUGAAACAUUCCCUCCUUUUGUAUGUCGUGUCCGUAUAACACAAUGCUGGGCGAACGACUGACAGUGAAGCACUUGACUUAAAUACAACACAUACAAUUACGUAAGUGCAUUUCUGUUGCUUUCUUCCUCAAGCAAAGAACACAAUGUCGUCGAAUGGUGACAUCUUGCUUAAUAGUGAUGAAAGCAUGCUGGUAGUACAUUAGUACACUAAAAAUAUAGACUAGAUGGAAAUAUAGUAAAAAGUAUCAGACAAGCUAACACUGUUCAAGAUAAAUGUAUUAAAAUAUGUUUUUCUGUAAUCCUUUUAAAGCAAAAUUACAUAAAAUUACAAUUUUCAAUAAAAUUGUUUUUUUUAUUCAAGUGUCAGUACAGGUUGGAAAUAUAGUAAAAAGUAUCAGACAAGCUAACACUGUUCAAGAUAAAUGUAUUAAAAUAUGUUUUUCUGUAAUCCCUUUAAAGCAAAAUUACAUAUAAAAUUACAAUUUUCAAUAAAAUUGUUUUUUUUAUUCAAGUGUCAGUACAGGUUGCAUUUUUUUUACUCUCAAGUAGCAGUGAAAAAUACACAAUAAGUGAAAAAGCAGAUAUGUGUUUUGCUAAUGUUUCAGAAAAUAACAAAUUAGAUUAAAUAUUUUAGCGUUUAUCUAUAUGUGCCCUGUGAUUGGCUGGCGACCAGUCCAGGGUGUACAACGCCUCUCGCCUGAAGACAGCUGGGAUAGGCUCUAGCACCACCCCCGCAACCCUUUUGAGGAUAAGCGGUAGAAAAUGAAUGAAUGAAUGAAAUUACAAAUUGGAUAUAUUGUAACAUUUAUUUGGGGAAAAAAUCCUCAUUUCAUAACAUUUCCACUUAAUCUCGAUAGUUUUGUGAUCUAUCUUUUACUUAAAACCCUGCGUCUCCAUAUUGUUUUCAUUUUUGUAUGUUGACAGGGACUCCAAAUAGAGAACACAAAUGAUGCUGUCAACUUCCUCAUUCAUCAUCAUAAAAAAUUCCGCUUUUGGCUCAAUGUCAUUGUUAAUCUUAGUCAUGAGAAUUAUAUGACAUGCACUUUAUUUUGCAACAGCUAAUAGCAAAAAAAAAUCUCCAUAUUGUGUGGGUUUUUUAAUGUUUUUACAUGAAAACAUGGUCAAAAGCUAAGUAGAGAUCCCGUACAGUGUUUACAUUGGGGAGCAAUUAUUGUAUUGUAUUGUAGUGUAAGGUCACUACUGUGCUGGCUGAUUUAAAGGGUUGUCUUGAGGUUGGAGUUUUUUUUGUGUGUUUUUCCUCAAUAGACAAUUGAGGCAACAAUAGUGUCACAACACAGUACAACUUGCACCAACAAGGACAAAGUUAACUGCAAGGAAACACUGCCCCCUUCUUGUCUGUUUGCUUUUUUUUUUUUUUUUUUUUUAACCACACAAAGUCAGCUGUCACUGUGUCCUCACCACCUUAGGAGGUUGAUGGGUGAGUUGAGUUUGUGAGAAGAUACCAACCCAAAGAUGAGCACGAAGACAACCGGCAACGAGACAAAAAUGAGUGGCGACAUCUGCACACUGCACAGUAACGGGAUCCCUCCUGACACGCUCAAGAAGGUAAAAACCUACCUGGAUCAGUUCACUUUGUCUCUGGAGGUCCUGCAACAGGUUUCUGCUCGACUGGAGCGAGCUCUGAAACAAGGAUUGGGCAGACACUCUCAUCAAAAAGCGUGCGUCCAGAUGUUGCCCACAUUCGUCACGGCAACACCAGACGGGACGGAGAAAGGUGACUACCUGGCGUUGGAUCUCGGUGGGACAAACUUCCGGGUGCUCCAUGUGCGAGUGGUGGAGGAGGAGCAAAGAGUCGUAAAGAUGGAUAGUCAGAUCUGCGCCAUCCCGAAGGAAAUGAUGCAGGGAAGCGGUGAACAGUUAUUCGAUCACAUUGCCGCCUGUCUAGGUGAAUUUCUUGCCUCUCAGGAUCUGAAGGGGAAAACUCUCCCUCUCGGCUUCACCUUCUCCUUCCCCUGCCAUCAGAAGGAAAUUGACAAGAGUAUCUUGAUUCGCUGGACUAAAGGCUUCCAGUGCUCUGGAGUGGUUGGUGAAGAUGUGGUGAAGCUACUGAGGGAAGCCAUUCACAGGAGGGGGGAUUACGACGUCGGCUCCAUAGCCAUGGUGAACGACACUGUGGGCACCAUGAUGAGCUGCGGCUACAAGGAUCAAAGCUGCAACAUCGGCAUGAUUAUCGGCACGGGUACCAACGCAUGCUACAUGGAGGAGAUGAAGAACGUGAAGCGCAUUGAGAGCUCGGAUGGGCGCAUGUGCAUCAACACAGAGUGGGGGGGGUUUGGAGAUGACGGCUCACUGAGAGAUAUCCAGACGGAAUUUGACGUCGAGGUCGACGAGACGUCCAUCAACCCCGGCAUCCACACCUUUGAGAAGAUGAUCAGCGGCAUGUAUUUGGGAGAGAUUGUGCGUCUGCUGCUGGUGAAGAUGACAAAGGACAAGUUGCUGUUCCAGGGAAAGACAUCGGAAUCACUGCUGACGCCGGACGGCUUUGAGACUAAAUACAUCUCGGACAUUGAAGAGGAGGACGUCGGCCUGGACAAUGGAAGCAGAAUCCUGACCAAAUUGGGUCUGACCUGGGACCCCGUCGAUGUCCGUGUGGUGCGUCUGGUCUGCGACACCAUUUCCUCACGCUCAGCCCGCCUCUGCGCCGCCGCCCUGGCCACCCUCGUCAACCGUAUCCGCAUCAACCGCGGCCUUAACCACCUCAAAACAACUGUGGGGGUUGACGGGACGGUGUACAGGAAACACCCCAAUUUCAGUGCAGAGCUCCAGGCCACGGUGAGCCUCCUGGCCCCCAAGUGUGACAUCACCUACCUUCUCUCGGAGGACGGCAGCGGGAAAGGCGCUGCCAUGGUAACAGCCGUGGCGCAGAGGCUGGCUCGCCAGUCCCGGCUGUUAGAGGACAGUGAUGGUGAGGAGAGCGCAGAGGAGGACGAAGAUGAAUGAGGGCAAACACAAGACCUUUUUUUUUUUUUUUUUAAUAUAUAUAUAUAUAUAUAUAUAUAUAUAUAUGUUACAAACGUCCAUUAAUUUAAUGAUAACACUGAAUCUGUUUAGUAAAGGAACUCAGAGAUCAAAUUAUAAUUAUCAUGAAUUAUAUAUAUAUAUAUAUUGUCCAUUUGUGGUAGAUUCAUUUUAAGGAAAACUUUGAAUGUAGUCAGGAAAAAAAGACAUCAAUAAUAUCAAAUAUUUAUUUAAAACUUAAUAUUUUACACAGUUCACAGAAAAUCUGCUAAAGUUGGCAAGGAAAAAAAUCACGUUCAGUCUUACUUGGAGCCUCUUAAAAGGAAACUAUGGCUUUGUGACGGAUGCUAUUGCCCCCUACCGGCCUUAAACGGAAACAGCAUCUUACCGUGUGCUCUUGUUUACAUCAUGCUGGUGCUGCACAACCCUUUUACAUCAGGGCAGUUCUCUUUGUGUAUUUUUACACACGAAAAAGGCUAUGAUGAGCUCCAUUUACCCUUUUGUGUGUGUGUCUGUGUGUGUGUGUUUACAUUUCAAGGUUUUCAUACCCGUCGGUCAUUUGUGUCAUAAAGGUCAUCAAGUCAUCUUUCAUUCCUCCCAUCAGUGCAGGAUUGGUGUGAAGCCCCAUGUUACAGUAGAACCUCUAAAGUCAAACCUAUUUGUACUUCCAAACAGUUCUCCCCACAUAAGAAAUAAUGGAAGUUACAUUUUCACAUAAUACAAGUGUAAAAAAAAUAAAAACAUCAAACCCUGACAACGGUAAUGCAAAGCACACAUCUUACUUCACAUAUUGUCAUUUCCUGUGCACAUUCCUCUCUUUUUCUGACAUUCUUUUACUAGUGUUGAGAGUGUGUCGAAAAAAGUGUCGAGAAAAAAAAGCAAGACAUGCUGGUUAAACCCUUAACGCACCAUUCAGAAAGGGCUAUUAAGCCUUUUACAUCACUACAUGAAUGUGACAUAGGUUUGUAAUGUGUUUUUUCAAAAAAAAAAAAAAAAAGUUGAAUAAAUACUUUUUCAACAUGAAACUACUCCGUUAGUCAA